UAGCACGCUGUCACGACGGAGCGCAUUCUGAGCUUAGGGCUCAGAUUUUAUUUUUGGACUGCCAUGGAGACUGGCCCUUCCAUUUGUAGGAAGGGGGUAUAGUUGCGCUCAACAUGAGCCUUCCGCUCUGACACUCCGGGCUGGGACAAGCAGGCAGCAGCUGGCCAACCCCCAAGCAGCAGUCACACAGGGGACUCCCCUGUCCGGGCGUGUUUGUCAACUGUAGUAAGCAUUACCUGGGGGUUAAACUGCUCAUGGCUGCCAGUUAUAGCAAUGUCACUGAACCAGGCCUGCUGUCCCAGCAGUACCCUCCAGCUCUACUGCCCAAACCUGGCAAGGAAAAUGUUAGACUCCAGAAACUACUCAAGAAAACAGAGAAAAAAAUCAAGAAAAAAGCUUCCCCUGAAACGGCAAAGACACCGGUCCCUUUCCGCUCAAACCUCUCCCCUGUGAAUGAAGCAAGCCCUGACUUGGAACACAGUGAUCACUCAACCCCUCCUAAAACCCCAGAGGCACCCUUCUACACACAGCACCCCAGAUUCGCUGUCAGGCCAGCCUAUCGGCAUGUGCCAUCCCCUUACCCGCAACAACAAGGAGCCACUUUUGGUGGUACAACAAGGUUCUCCCCAAAGCCAUAUGCUGCUCCAGGACCCACCUUCCCCCAGCAUGUGGCCCCACUCUACACAUUUACUCCAACAGCCCCAUCACCCAUUCCAGGGCCAGUCUCACAUGCAGUGGCACCCACAACGCCUGUGCCAACUUCCUCUGUGCCUGAAGUGACAAUCACAACUGCUGCUCAAAUUGCUCCUCCAGUCCCUGCUCCAGUUGCUCUUGUCACAGUCACUUCUGCUGCCACACAACCUACUCUGCGACUAGCCCCGGUAGUAAUACACCGCAAAAGUCCAAGUCCACGGUUCAAAGCUACCGAAGCUACACUAAAAGCACCCAAACCGAUGUUUGAUGUCCGGCAAAUUCGGGUAUAUACUGCAUCUAAGUCCCCCCUGCAUGAUUACACUGGAAGGACAUUUACUGCAGACACAUUACCUCGGAGUAGAACACCCACAUCAGACAUCAGAAGGGUAAUAACACCAACAGCUGAAAUCAGAAGGAGUGCAACACCGGCAUCUGAAGUGAAAAGCAAUUUAACUUCGACAUCAGAAAUCAAAAGAGUUGCAACGUCUAAAAUGAAUCAAGGUACAACGCCGACAUCGGAAAUCAAAAGAAGUUUAACACCGACACCCGAAGUCAAAAGGAGUGCAACACCUACAUCUGGGGUAAAAAGAGGUUUAACGUCCAGACCUGAAAUCCAAAGGAGUGCAACGCCUACAUCUGAAGUGAAAAGAGCUAAAACGCCAACUCAUGACUUUUUAACACCAAGAACUAAUUUAGGUCGACCUAAGACACCCUCAUAUCGUGUGUCCCGUGCCAAAACACCUGUUAUUGAAAUAUCAAGACCCAACCCACUUUUAUUUGCUGUCUCACCCAUUACUAUAGAUGCACAUAGAUCUAAAACACCAACACCUGGUUCUAAUUCUGCCAAUCCAUCCUGGUCUGGUUCUCAAAAUCUGCCAAUGUCUGAGCCUUCAAAAUCACCAUCAACUAGUCAGGGUGCAAGAACUCCAAAUGGGGAAGUGACAUCAAAAGAGACUCCUACACCUAAAUCACCUCCUGAAAACACUUUAAAACCAGAGGCUCCUCGACAAAAAGCUCUAAUAGUUGAGUCUACCAGACCAAAGACCUCUACAGCUUCAUUAGGCUAUCAAAGACCAAAGACCCCAACAAAUGUCACACCAACUCCUACAGAACCCUCAUAUCAAAGACCCAAGACUCUAACCAAAGAAACACUAAAGCCUACAGCACCCUCAUAUGGGUACCAAAGACCCAAUACUCCAACAAUUAUCACACUAAAGCCUACUGCACCCUCCUAUCAAAGACCCAAGACUCCAACAAAAAAAACACUAGAGCCUACAGAACCCUCAUAUGGGUACCAAAGACCCAAGACUCCAACCAAAGACACAUCAAAAUCUACAGCACCCUCAGAUGGGUAUCAAAGGCCCAAGACUCCAACCAAUGAGACACCAAAGCCUACUGCACCAUAUCAAAUUCCCAAGACACCCUCGAAUGAAGAGCCUAAACCAAUGACUCCAACAAUUGGGUAUCAAAGGUCAACAACACCAGUAGUUGGGUAUCAAAGACCACAACCACCAGCAGGUUAUCAAAGACCAAAGACUCCCACAGCUGGGGUAUCAUCCAUUGGAUUUCAAAGGCCCAAUACACCAACAUAUGUGGCCCCUAAAUCAACCCAUACAUAUUAUGGGUUGACUCCUGCUGCAUAUGUUGCCCAUGGUGGAAUCCAACGUGUCUCACCUUCAUUCGGCAUAUCCAGGUCUAAGACGCAUGCUCUAGAGGAAUCUAAAACCACAACGCAAGGGUUGGAAGCAUCUAACAUACCUACCCAAGAGUUACUUGUAAAAACACAUCCUUUGCCCAUGGUGUCCAACCAGGAAGGAUCCUCCAAAGAAAAAUCCCUUUAA